UAGAGUUUACUGAAAUAUUAGUUAUCACUGUAACAAAUGUUGAUUCUUUUAUCUAAUGUUCAGUUUGUAUCUGAUAGGAUGAAUACAGUUCCACUUUUUCCAGUUUGUAUCUGAUAGAGAACAAUUGUGUACUAAUUAAGUAACCCAAAUUGAUUGCAACUUGUAAGAUGAAAAGUUUCUUUAACCACUUUGUUUUGGUUAAAACGAUCAUCUGAAAUGACAAAUAACAAAUCUGGUGUACCUGACCGAUGUAUAAAAUGAGAUACUUUUAUGCGUAAAGACCCUUUUCCACGCACACGUGAUCUAAUAGUAAGUAUUAAAACGAUCAUCUGAAAUGAUAAUUGUCAAAACAGCUCUCAAGUAGUUAAAAUCAGCAUUGCAGUGAAUGCCAUUACAGUGCAAUAUUCAAAUUACAUGUACAUAUAUAGUGACAAAGCCAAACAAGGUGUUACCGUGUCAGGUACAAGAAGAGAAGAUCAUCAAAACCAAAAGAAAACCUCAGCAGAAGUAAUCGUCUCCAAUCCAUGAUCUUAUUAUAAAGAUUCAGAUAUCUCUAGACUGUGAUGUGAAAAGCCUCAAUUGAUUAGUCAGCUGCUUUGUAAGGGUUAUGAUCAUGAUCAUGGUGGCGGUUGUUAUCUUCAUUUUCUUCGCUGUCAUCCUCAUCAAAGGGCUUCUGUUUGUGAAAGAUGCAACAUUUCUUUGAAAUCUUCUUCUGCAUAAACUCGUUAUCAACUGUCCCAUCUUCCCAUGAGACUUUCUUCUUCUUCUUCCUGUUCAACCGAAGCACUAAUCUUUCUAUCGGCUGUGAGUCUGUGACUGAGAAACUGGGGUUUCUAAGAUGACAGAGGUUGUCGCUGUAGGUCACUGUGAUCAUGGCUCAAAUUAUAGCUUCUAAUAAACAAUAUUUUAAUCUAUUUCAUUUACUCAAUUACUAAUUUGCUAACCUCAAAAAAAAACACAACGGUACCUUUUCUGUUAUUUCCUUUUUCUUGUGCAUUUUAAUUUCCAUAAAUACAUUGAAAAAAAAAAUCAAGAUGUAUAUCGAAAACCCACAACGGUCAUUAUUUCUUGUUUCCUUUUCUUAACUUUUCUGUUCUCAGAAAAAAAGGAAUCUUUUUUUUUUUGUUUUUGAGUAAAUUGAAGAAAGGAAAAUAAAAGAAGAAACUUGGGACCGAAGACAUUCAGUUACUGAUCGUAUGACAUAUACGCGUUAGUAGCUUUAUUUAUAUUUGUCGAAACUUCACCAAAGCUAUUAUUACCAACUCUCAGAUUUCCCCUAAGCUCUCAUCUUUCUAUUGCAAUGGCGGGGCCAGAGUUGUACUUCGAAAAGUUUCUGGGAAAAGGCUCUUUCGGUUCUGUGAGUCUCUACAAGUACAAAAGACGUCACGACGGCAAGACCCUUUACGCAGCCGCAAAAACCUCCGACCAUAAACACGCCGAGUCUCUCUACAUUGAGUUUCAGAUCUUGUCUGAACUCAAAGGAUGUCCGAGAAUCGUCCAGUGUUACGGGACCGAAGUGCAAGAGAGACGUAACGAAGAAGGUUGCUUGGAGUACAAGAUUCACAUGGAGUACGCACCUGGAGGAAGCUUGAAGAGUUUCUCUAACCAAUUCCAAGACAAGAAGCUGCCUGAUGCUUUAGUCCGAGAUUUCACUCGUAUGCUUCUAGAAGGCUUAGCCACCAUCCACGGACGCGGGUACGUUCACUGCGAUCUCAAACCAGCAAACAUCCUCGUCUUCCCGAGUUAUAUCAACAAGAACGGUGCGUGGAGAUCCUCUCACGAGUUGAAGAUUUCGGAUUUAGGGUUGACGAGAAGAGAUGGAGACACUAGCUGGUGGCAACCUCAUCACCCCUUCGCCGGAACAGCGAUCUACAUGUCUCCAGAAUCAAUUUCUCACGGAGAGACAGGGAAGGGACUUGACUUGUGGUCUUUGGGAUGCAUUGUACUAGAGAUGUACACGGGAAAAAGACCUUGGUGGCAUACAGACUACAAACUGAACGAUCUCAAGAAUUGCCACGGGCCGUUGAUUCCAAGAGAUCUUCCUUUUGACGCAAAACUCUUUCUCAUGACAUGCUUCUCCCCCGAGGCAGAUGAUAGAAAAGACGCGUCGACUUUGUUGAAUCAUAUCUUCUUGCGUGCAGAUGUUAGUAAGAUCACAGAUUCGUCUCCUAUGAGUGCCAAGACUGGUAGUAACCCGAGGAAUAUCACUCUGGAGUUGGAGAAACUUAGACAGAGGCUUUCGGAUAUGAGGUCUAUUUUUGUAUAGACUCGUGGAAGUGAAGAGUCAAUGCGUAGA